AUAGGCUUCCCUGGCGCCGAAGCGUCAUGGGACGUGUAGUUCAGGCGAGAUUCCCAAGAACCUAGAGUCCUUUUCCCCCAAAGCAUCUUUGUAUAUCUCGGUUUAAUCUCCUAAGGAAUAAGGGUCUCUUUCCUAGCGGUCUCGGAAACGCUGUUAGACCUUGGAGUCAUAAUCUGGACCAGUGUAGACUAGCACACGUCUUAUCAACGCAUCUCUGUCUUCUUCCCAACCCCGGCACCUCCGACUGAAGUAGGCACUCCAAUGCCGCCAGUACCCAGACUGUCUGUGACUAUCGCCUGCUCCAAUCUCAACGUCCACCAAGGGAAGGGCCAGAAAUUUAUGGCUGUACUCUGCUCACUGAGGGGAUAAACAAGAGCCAAGAGUUCAAUACAUAGACCUUUAUUUGGGUCUGGAUCAGCCGGUACAAAGCAGGCGUAGCUUGGACUUCUAAACACGCUUUUCAGUCGCCCUUUGCUGGGUUUACCUACACUGUGGAAUGGGGUGGGCGGGGUGGAGGAAGAGCCUCCAUAUUGAGUGUGGUAGGCCAGGGUUUCCUGGCGUUAGGUAAGACCGGUUUGUUGUUCUUCGCUGAAACAAACUUUAUAAGGCAAGAUCACCAUAUGAUCUCACUACUGGGAAGUCAGAAAAAUUUUAGAGGCGAAACAAUUCACUCCUGCCACUCUCGUCAUGGCGGAUUCUCACGAUCGGAUAUCCCGGAAGUGGGCUUGCGUCGAUUCAGCUUCCGGGAGCGCUGCGCAGGCUCGGCCGGCCGGCGCUUGCUGCAUGAUUGCUCGCUCUCUCUCUUGAGCCGUGACUCCAACCCGCCGCCAUGUCCUACCCGUCCGAGGAUUACGACAACGAGGCUGCAUAUGAUCCCUAUGCUUACCCUGGCGACUAUGACAUGCACACAGGAGACCCAAAGCAGGACCUAGCCUAUGAACGACAAUAUGAGCAGCAGACCUAUCAAGUAAUUCCAGAAGUGAUCAAGGAUUUCAUCCAAUAUUUCCAUAAAACUGUCUCCGACCUUAUCGACCAGAAAGUGUAUGAGCUCCAGGCAAGCCGGGUGUCCAGUGACGUUAUCGACCAAAAGGUGUAUGAGAUCCAGGACAUCUAUGAGAACAGCUGGACCAAGCUGACUGAAAGGUUCUUCAAGAAUACCCCCUGGCCAGAAGCAGAGGCCAUUGCCCCACAAGUUGGCAACGAUGCUGUCUUCUUGAUCCUGUAUAAGGAACUUUAUUACAGACACAUCUAUGCCAAAGUCAGCGGCGGGCCUUCCUUGGAACAGAGGUUUGAGUCCUAUUACAACUACUGCAACCUUUUCAACUACAUUCUCAAUGCUGAUGGACCUGCCCCCCUUGAACUGCCCAACCAGUGGCUGUGGGAUAUCAUUGAUGAAUUCAUCUACCAGUUUCAGUCAUUCAGUCAAUACCGGUGGAAGACGGCCAAAAAGUCAGAUGAGGAGAUUGACUUUCUUCGUUCCAACCCCAAGGUCUGGAAUGUCCACAGCGUCCUCAAUGUGCUUCAUUCCCUUGUAGACAAAUCCAAUAUCAACCGGCAGCUAGAAGUCUAUACCAGUGGAGGUGACCCUGAGAGUGUGGCUGGUGAGUAUGGCCGGCACUCCCUCUACAAGAUGCUUGGCUACUUCAGCCUGGUGGGGCUGCUCCGGCUCCACUCCCUCUUGGGGGAUUACUACCAGGCUAUCAAGGUGCUGGAGAACAUUGAGUUGAACAAGAAGAGCAUGUAUUCCCGGGUGCCUGAAUGCCAGGUCACCACCUAUUACUAUGUGGGGUUUGCCUACUUGAUGAUGCGCCGGUACCAGGAUGCCAUUCGUGUCUUUGCCAACAUCCUGCUCUACAUUCAGAGAACCAAGAGCAUGUUUCAGAGAACAACGUACAAAUAUGAGAUGAUCAACAAGCAGAAUGAGCAAAUGCAUGCCCUGCUGGCCAUUGCCCUGACCAUGUACCCCAUGCGCAUUGAUGAGAGCAUCCACCUGCAGCUCCGAGAGAAGUAUGGAGACAAGAUGCUGCGCAUGCAGAAGGGGGACCCCCAGGUAUAUGAGGAGCUCUUUAGCUACUCCUGCCCCAAGUUCCUGUCCCCCGUUGUGCCCAACUACGACAACAUGCACCCCAACUACCACAAGGAGCCCUUCCUGCAGCAGCUGAAAGUGUUUGCAGAUGAGGUACAGCAGCAGGCCCAGCUGUCCACCAUUCGCAGCUUCCUGAAGCUCUAUACCACCAUGCCUGUGGCCAAGCUGGCUGGUUUCUUGGACCUCACUGAACAGGAGUUCCGUAUCCAGCUGCUGGUCUUCAAACACAAGAUGAAGAACCUGGUGUGGACGAGUGGCAUCUCUGCCCUGGACGGAGAGUUCCAGUCAGCCUCCGAGGUGGACUUCUACAUCGACAAAGACAUGAUCCAUAUUGCAGAUACCAAGGUGGCCCGCCGCUAUGGAGACUUCUUCAUCCGACAAAUCCAUAAAUUUGAGGAGCUCAAUCGAACCCUAAAGAAGAUGGGCCAAAGACCCUGAGUGGGCACCAACUCACCACAUUCAUCCAGAACUCCUGAGGAUGUUGAUGUCCAGGUGGCAGAAAAAAAAUGUGUUUGCUGUCCUGAGUGUCCUGACCCUUUGAUUCAGACCAGCAGGCCUUCCUUGCUGGGGUCUGUUUGAACCAAGGGCUUGAACAUUUAAAUAAAUCCCAGGAAGAGGUC